AUGAAUGUGCAGAAAUGGAGUGAAGCUCUGCACUUGAACCACCUCUUGCCAGAAUAUCAGGACGUCAUAGACGGUUUCACACAUGGUUUCGACCAAGGUAUACCGCAGCACAGAAUUGAAGGAAAACGGUGGUUCACGCCUGAGAACCAUAAAUCUUCCCUCCUAGCAAAAGAUAAGAUUCAGGAGUCGAUUGCGAAAGAGUUAGCGGCCGGAAGAAUGAUAGGGCCAUUUUCCCAUCAGCAAAUGGAAGCCACAUUUGGUUUCUUUAGGUCAAAUCCUUUGGGUGCCGUAGUUAACGGUGAUGGGAAGAUCAGACCUAUUAACGACCUAUCCUAUCCCAGAAAUGAUAUAGAAGUAAAAUCAGUGAACUCUUACGUUAAUAAACUUGAUUUCAAAACAACGUGGGAUGAUUUCAAGACGGUGUCAAAAUUCUUCGCAGAAGACAAAAGGUCAUUCGAACUGGCACUUUUUGACUGGGAAGGGGCGUACCGACAGAUACCGACGAAACAAGACCAAUUGAAGUACCUUCUGGUGCAAGAUUUCGACGGCAACCUAUUGAUAGAUACACGAAUCACCUUUGGGGGCGUUGCAGGUUGCGGAUCUUUCGGUCGUCCAGCCGACACGUGGAAACUCAUAAUGAAAAGUCACUUCAACUUAAUCACCAUUUUCCAAUGGGUAGACGACAAUCUCUUUAUUAAAGAAGUUGGCGCUGAUUUAUCAAUGAAAGACGUAGUAUUAAAAUCAACCGAGCUUGGAGUGAUGACAAACGUCAAGAAGUUCUCAGAUUUCUCGCCAGAACAAAAAUUCAUAGGCUUCGCAUGGAACGGUGUAGAUAAGACAGUGAGAUUGCCAGAGGGUAAAAUCGAGAAAAGACUGAAUCAGAUAUACCCCUUCCAAGUCGCAAAGGCUACUUUCGAUUACAAAGAAGUCGAAAUUCUCGUAGGACGUCUUAACCAUGUGACAUACAUCUUACCAAACUUAAGAUGUAACUUAUGUUCCUUAUAUUGCUGGCUAAAAUCUUGGUUCUGGCGGAAAGCAAAAAGGGCGACUCUGGUGGACAUCCUCGAAGACUUUCAAAUUUGGGUGGAAACCUUGAACAAUUUUGAACACACGCGUCUAAUUAGAUGGGGACCACCCUUUAGACGUCGGUUGGGUUAG